AUGGCGUCGACCUGGGUGCCCGGCGUUUCCGCCGAGACUCCCUUUUCCCUGGCCAACAUCCCCUUUGGCAUCAUCAGCUCUCCCGCCGACCCUGCGCCGCACGCUGCCGUCGCCAUCGGGUCCCGCGUGCUUGAUCUCAAGGUGCUGUCGUCGCAUCCCGCUUUCGCCAGCCUCUUCCCCGCGCUCAAAGACUGCGCCCACGUCUUCUCGCAGCCGACUCUAAACGAGUUCGCGGCGCUGGGACGGCCGGUGCAUCGCGAUGUGCGAAGGGCCAUUCAAGGUCUCCUGGCCGCUGAGACGGCACACCCGGACGUCCUGAGGGACAAUGCGGAACUUCGCGGGAAAGCCUUGCUUCCCCGGACAGGGGUCCAGAUGCACCUACCCAUGAGCAUCGGCGAUUACACUGAUUUCUACGCCGGCUUCCACCAUGCGUAUACCGUCGGCGCCAUGUUCCGCGGGCCGCAGGCCGCUCUGCAGCCAAACUACACUCACCUACCGGUUGGUUACCACGGACGCGCCUCGAGCAUCGUAGUUUCGGGCAAGUCGAUCCGGCGUCCUGUCGGUCAGAUCAUCCUCGACCCGACCGCCGAGCCCAAGCAGCCCACCACCGCCCCGAGCCGGCAGUUGGACAUCGAGCUGGAGCUCGGCUGCUUCAUCGCGACUCCGAACGAGAUGGAGAGCCAGAUCAAGGUCGCGGACGCCGAAGACCACAUCUUCGGGUAUGUCCUGCUGAACGACUGGAGCGCGCGUGACAUCCAGAAGUGGGAGUACGUCCCGCUCGGGCCCUUCAACGGGAAGAACUUCGCCACCACCAUCAGCCCCUGGGUCGUGCUCGCCGACGCCCUCGAGCCGUUCCGGACCAGGGGGGUCGACAACUGGACACCGCUCCAGGCGUACCUGAACGAAGGCAAAGAAGAAAAUGUCUUCGACAUAGAGCUGCAGGUCGAACUGAAAACACCGCAAGAAGACGUGACCUUGAUAUCGAUGACCAGCUCCAAGUAUCUCAUGUGGUCGUUCCCACAGAUGAUCGCCCACCACACCCUCGGCGGCUGCCCGCUGAGGACGGGCGACCUCCUAGGGUCUGGAACCAUCAGCGGCCCGUCGCCCAGCGAAAAGGGGAGCUUCCUCGAGCUGAGCGACGGGGGCAGGAAGGACAUCUUGCUCUACGGUAUGGACGUGCGUCGCUUCCUGAAAGACGGCGACACCGUUACCAUCACCGGCAUCUGCGGGAAGCCGGGAGAAAGGGUGGGCUUUGGUGAGUGUGUCGGACGUAUCCAGGGAGCCGCUCCUCUGUAA